AUGGCCACAGGUUUCUUUUCUACAUGCAGGUGGUUCACCACAAGUCAGCAAAGGCACUUACUGUAUAUCCCUGUAUUCCCCAACCAAGAGCAAGUAAAAGGCGAAUGGGGAGGCAGAAUACUGCAAAGUGCAGAUAAUGUUGUCACCCUGUCCAUCACUCCUGCUGCAGACUCCAUUGUGGGAAAAUUCCGGAUGUAUGUAGCCAUAAUGACGCUAAGGGAUCCUGAAAGAGAUAUUUACAUCCUUUUCAAUCCAUGGUGUGAAGCAAAAUUUGAAUACGGUGUUUUGGAUGCCUGCCUUUAUGUAAUGGACAGCGCACAGAUGCUCUUGACUGGGAGGAAAGACCCUGUCAAAGUCAGUCGUGUAGCAUCUGCCAUGGUGAACUCAAAGGAUGAUGAUGGGAUUGUUGUGGGCAGCCGGUCUGGCAAUUACUUAUAUGGUGUGGCUCCAACAGCCUGCACUGGCAGUUUUGAAAUCCUGCUGAAUUAUGCCAGUAGUGGGGUCCCAGUGUGCUACGGGCAGUGCUGGGUCUUUGCUGCUGUCUUCAAUACCUUUCUGCGCUGUCUUGGGAUACCUGGCAGGGUUGUCACUAAUUUCUUCUCAGCUCACAACAAUGAUGGGAAUUUAAAAAUGGACGUAAUUCUAGACGAGAAUGGACAGUUCAUGCCCUCUUUAACAAAGGACUCAAUCUGGGAAAUUGAAUGUACCAAGGACGGUGAAAUGAUCAAGUGCAAAACCCCAGGCAUCAGUGCGCUAAAAGAGGCUCGUGAUCUGCCUUUGAAAGCUACCAUGUUUGAUGUCUGCGAAACAACAUCAGCCUUCUCAUUAGGAAUGUACAGAUGUGGACCAGCUUCAGUCAAAGCUAUAAAACAUGGUCAAAUAUGUUUUAAAUAUGAUGCUCCAUUUAUUUUUGCUGAGGUUAACAGCGAUGUUGUUUACUGGAAGAGGAUGAGGGAUGGGACGCAACAACCCAUUAAAGUCAACAAGCAUCAUGUGGGACGGAUGGUAUUGACAAAGGAAGUUGGCCGGGAUGAAAUAAAGAACAUUACUGAUCUGUACAAAUUCCCAGAAGGAGGGGCCUGCUGCAAGCAGGGUUUGUGAGCUGUAUCGCCAUUUAUUUAUAUAUUUAUUUAUUAUACAUUUAUUAAAC